AUGGCCUCGCUACCGUGGAAUGCUUUGAUCCUGAAGGAAGCGUAUCCUGUAUGGCAGAGCGUCCCCUCUAUGACGAAGCGAAGGUUUGGAGUCGGUGUUGGUGUUGUCGACAACUUGCUCUACGCUAUUGGUGGUUGGGAUGGCAAACAUUCGAGUAGCGUUGAAAGGUAUUAUGCAUUCUCCAAGCUACCAUAA